CUAUAGGCACGGCGAAGCCCGUGCCAAAAUUCGUGCCUAAGUUAAAGAAUAUUAAAACCCUUUCAUUCCAUUAGUCUCAUUUUUUCACAAACUCCCUAACCCUUCCCCAUUCUCCUCCAAUGCCGCUGCUAUUCUCCUCCGCCCUUACUCGAGCCCGUCCUCAGCCAUCUCUUCUCCCCUCCUAACAAUUUCUUCUUCAAGAAACACUUCUUUUCAGGGGAGUAUCCAUGUCCGGGGUGGGGUAGCUUCUGCCGUUCGCUAUCUAGAGGGUCGUCAAAAUCUCCUUCGCCGGCGGCUACAUCGCAAUCCUUUUUUCAAAAAGCAAGGUGAGGGUGAGGAGAUGGUUGAGUGUGGAGAAGACGGGCGUGGAGAAGAAGCGGCGGUUCCUCACACAGAAGAGUGCGCAGUGUGCUGUGUCAAACGCCGAGCACCCACGGUUCAUCACCAAGUCCGAUCUAAAGGGGAGGAGGAGGAGGAUGACACGCCCAAUUUCUUCAAGGUCGUCAACCGGUUGUUUUUUAACAAGAGAAACUGCACACAAGGAGAAUUGUUAACUCAAUUUCAGGGAUGGAAAGAUUCGAUGCAGCGGGAGAGAGACGUUUCCGCCACCGCCACGGAGGAGGGCGUUCACGAAAGGGCGGCGGCGAGCGGCGGCGGCGAAUCAGCGAAGAACAUGCCGGGCAGCACGAGUAGUGGGGCCGCCGCGAAUUUCAAAUUCAAUGUGCAGGCCCCAGAGUUCGUGCCCAGAUCGGUGCCCCAACUGCCCGUUCCGGGUUAUUUCUACCCGUAUUUGCAGUAUCAGGAUUGGAUUUACGUGGGCAACAGUCAAGUCUCGUCCACAUUGUACAGCACUCCCAACGUGGGGCCAAAUUCUCAGUAUCAGAAGAUUCCCAUCCCAGACGAAGUUAAGCACAAGAUCAUCAAACAGGUGGAAUACCAGCUGAGCGACAUGAGCCUGUUAGCAAACGAGAAUCUGGCGAAGCAAAUGAGCAAGGAUUCUGAGGGUUAUGUUCCAAUAAGCUCAGUUGCAUCAACAAAGAAAAUCAAGUCCCUUUUAAGUGGGAGUACAAGUAACGAAGUCCUCACUCAAGCUCUGCAAUAUUCAACUAAGCUGAUCGUGAGCAACGAUGGAAAGAAGGUUAAACGGAGACAUCCAUUCACCGACAAAGACAAAGAGGAGCUUCAGUGUCGGACGGUCGUGGCUGAGAACUUACCGGACGAUCACUCCCACCACAACAUUGAGAAGAUUUUCAAUGUGGUUGGAAGUGUGAAGACCAUCAGAAUUUGUCAUCCCCAAGAUCCAAACUCGUCCCGUACCAAAGGAGAAUAUUUCAUCAGCAAUAAGUUGCACGCCCUGGUGGAGUUUGAGAGCCCUGAAAUAGCCGAGAAAGCAGCAGAGAAAUUGAACGAUGAGAGGAACUGGAGAAAAGGGCUUCGCGUAAAGAUGUUGCUCAGGCGAUCGCCAAGAUCAGUGUUAAAGAGCAGGAAAUCAGAAUUCGAAGGGUGUUUGGAAGAUGAUGAUCAAGGGUCACCCACAGCUGAAGAUUCUUCUCACCACCUCAAUCGAUCAGAUUCUGUUGACACUAACGGGGAGGAGGGCUCGUCGUCGUCCGCAGCUGGUAAGAAAGGGUGGGGAAAAGGGAGAGGGAAAACCAGGACGACGGCUCGCGUUCUGACACACGGUGGCGGUGGAAGCGGUCGCGGCCUUCUCCCUUUGUCCCCACAAAGUAGUACGGAGACGCCGGCGAAACAGGCAAGCAAGGGGCCAAGGAUGCCUGAUGGGACACGGGGGUUCACCAUGGGGAGGGGAAAGCCACUCGCCGCCGCCGCCACUGUGCCAUGCAUUUAAUCAUUGAUCACUCUUUUUGUUUUAAUAUUCUUUUGUUUUUCUUUAAUUUCUUCUCGUCAUUUUGGCUGGCCGCUAGGAAUUGAAGAAGUACUCUGUAGUUAGUUAUAUGAUUUUUUUGCAUCCAUUUUGCAGCUUCCAAUAACAUGUUUUUUUGAUCUAGCUAUACUCUCGAAUGUUUUAUGUUUUUUGUUCCUUAGCCUCAAUGAUAGGAGAUAAUGAAGGCACGGAUGAUUU